AUGAAGUCCCACACAGACCUGAAGUUUGAGUCUUGUCCUUACUGCGAGUUCUCAUGCUGGACAUCCGUUCAAUUAAAGGAACACAUGGUCACUCAUUCCGAGGAUGGGGCUCAGUGUUGGCCAUUCGCUUGCGAAAAAUGUGACUUUUCCUGUAAGACUCAACGUGACCUUAAGAGACACAACCUCACUCAUCUGAGAGUCAAACUUUACUUUUGCACACAUUGUUCAUUCGCCUGUGACCAAAAAAAAGCCUUGGAGGACCACCAAGGCAUUCAUAGAGAUACGACCUCAUUCCUUGUUAAUGUUUGUAAGUUUGGUGUCCAGGGUCGGCGUAAACUCAAUGGCCAUAAGGCAAGACGUGGCAAAAGAAAAUUUUACCGUUGUCCGCACUGUGAUUUCAAGGGCCGGACAUCGCAGUUGAUGAGAAAACACCUCCAGACAGAGCACUCGGAUCAGAGGCCAUACUCGUGUGACGUUUGCCCUUUCACCUGCUGGCUAGCCAAAGAUUUGAGAGCUCACGAACUGAUACACACCGGCGUGAAACCGUUCGAGUGCACGGAAUGCGACUACAGGUGUCGGCGGCUCACCCGUCUCCGUGAGCACAUGAUGAUUCACAGGAACAGCAAACCCUUUACAUGCCAGGUAUGCCAGCAUGCCUUCAGGACCAACUAUUACUUAAAGAGGCAUCUGGUGCUUGGCCAGUGUAAGAGGAGUGCCAGCCCUAAAGCAACCUGCGGCCCCGAGAUGUGCUCAGCCACGGUACAGGUUUCAGAACCUCUUGUUGAAGCAACUGAUGUGAAAAAUAUCAUCGUAACAGAUGAUGUUACAGGUGACUGCGAUGCUGGUAUUGAAAAGGGUGAUGCCAAAAACAACACGGAAGAGGAGGAUGUCAAAAAUGUGAUUCUAGGAGGUAAGGCAGCAACCAUCAAAGGCGUAGAUAUAGAAACAAAAGUCUUUUUUGGCAGUGAUGAGAUAAAUGCAGCUGAAGGAGUUGAUCUCAUUAAAGUUAAAGAAGACAAUCUCAAGCAUGCUAUCAAAGAUGGUGAAUACACGAAUGAAGCUGCUGUGGUCGUGAAAGUUAGUGCCACAGAUGGGGCGGGGGGACUGAGUCGGGUCAAAUCUGCCAUCACAGCCGUGUUUGCCGAGAACACAUUUAAAUACCACAGGGAUGAGAGGGGAGCCAAGCUGUUCAAAUGUUCUUUGUGUUCAUACACAUGCAAGAAAGCUUACCAUCUGAAGCGACACAUGUUUGGCCAUUCAGAAGAACGCUCCUUUAAAUGUGAGCACUGCAGCUACGCGACUAAAACUGAAGACAAUUUGCGCAGACACAGCAAGCGCCAUUCUGGCGUGAAACCUUUCAGCUGUAAGCUCUGCAGCUACACCUGUUACGAAGUGGGGGACCUGAACCGCCACCUUCUGACGCACACUGAUUUCAAGGCGCACAAGUGCCCCAUGUGUGACUACGCCGGCAGGACCAAAUAUCAUCUGAACGAGCACAUGAUGACCCACUCCAACCUCAAGCCUUUUCUUUGCUCUGUUUGUGGCAAGGCUUUCAACUCUAGCUCCAAACUACGGGAACAUAUGUUUAAACAUACAACAGAGAAGAGCAUCCAGUGCCCAGAAUGUCCGUUUAAUUGCAGACGCCACAGUGAACUGAAGAAGCACAUGAAGAAGCACAGGGACGCUGUGGACGAUGCAGCAAAGGAGAAAGAGAAAGAAAGUCAAGAAGCCAAAACAUUUCUGUGCACCGUGUGUGGAACAUCAUUCAAGUACAAUUCAGCCUUGAAGCGCCACAUGAUCACCCACUCUGAGCAUCGGCCGUGGCAGUGUCCACACUGUACGUUUCAGUGCAGGACCAAAGAUCAGCUCAAGACUCAUGUGUCCAGGCAUCAGGAAAUGAAGCUUCUGGAAUGUGAAGUCUGCUCUGUGACCUUCAAACAUAGCUAUAGCCUGCGGCGUCACAUGCUUAAGCACAAGAGUACGGACCCCAUGUCUUGUCAGUUGUGUGACUUUACGUGCUUCAGAAGUUAUGAUAUGAAACGGCACAUGCGGAAUAAACACAAACUUGACACGAACUGA